GUGGCUCAUUGGCACCGUGUGGACCGGUAGACAUUUUGGAAGUACGUUUCAUCCUUUUACUGAAUCUUGUGAAUCUCAAGCAACUCAAUUUUUCAACGGGAGUUCAUUAGUCAAGUUUUUGAUCAUAUUCUUUAGAUCCUAACGGGAAACGCGAAUUGUUCCAACUGUUAUCCGAACACGCUCAUGGACCGGUCAUCGAUAGCCUUUUCUUACCAAACUGUGUAAUUUGAUUUCACCAUGGAUAGCUUAGAGGUGCUUAAAAAUGAAGUUCUUUCUUCUUCGAGCGUUGCAUCUACGAUAGAAACAACUUCGACAAGUGCUCCUGUUGAGGGGUUGGCCCAUAACUACACUGUAUUGCUGAGCAAACUGGAAAAGUUGGCAGCACUCAGCGAAAUCAACAACGAUCACUUAAACCAAGCACUACCCACGGCUGCUACAGGACACCAUGGCAUGUCACAAAAUGAGUAUACCCGAGCCAUUAGUGAUAUCUGGGUGGGAGUCGUCCUUACACUCCUCAUUCUGUCAACGAUAUUUUUCAUAUGCUCGUGUUUCCUGUACCACAAAUUCCAAAAGUGGAAGCAUUCAUAUCAAACCCACAGUCCCGAGUUACCAGAAAUCACACGGCGACAAAUGGACAUGGAUCUGGAGUCACUGCCAAGCUACACGAUAUGUUCCGGUCUUCCAACCUAUGAUGACGCGCUUGAUCAAUUUCGAAAGUACGGAAUCAUCUUGCAACCGCCCUCUGUUAUAAAAAUCUUCGAAGACAACAAAGAAAAAGAUAAAAGUAAGACGGACGCCUCAGCACCCACAGGCAAUGGAGAGAAUGAUGACAACAUCUCAAUGACAUCGACCUGCACUUGCGGCGCUAACAACGGGGGCGUUGCUAACAUUGCGUCCAUUUCCAAUCAAAACUUGGCCCUAGUCCCCAACGUAAUCGAGCUCAACCCGGAGCAACUGCAAAUGCUCAGCAACAAACGACUGUCCAUGCAAAUUGCGCUAAACAAUGGAAUAGGAUUGAAUAAUAGUAUCCGACGCUCCAAUAGAGGCAGCCGAGUCAACUUGUUCCGCGAAGUUAGUCGAAACAACCUUUUGCGAACUCACGAGAUUCCGUCCAUACAUCGAUCAGCAUCGCAACAGUCCUUGUACCAGGAUCAACUGCUCGCCCAACGUUUCAGAAACGCGCAACAUAGAGGCUCCCUCUGCUGAAACGGAGCCAGGAGAGAGCUGCUCUUAUGGCCAAUGAGUACACCAAUGAACUAGGAUUAGGAGUAAAUUGUGAGAAAGUAUUAUUCGAAGCAUAGUAGUAUCUAGGGAAGAUAGAUAGGAAAUAUGCCUUAUUAUUGGUCCGUAUUACUUAGAAAUGUAAUUCGAUAAAAGAAACGUAACAUUGCAUCAAAUUUGAAUGCCAAUUACUAAAAUUAAGUUAGGAAGUAGAGUAGAACUGAGUAGCACCCAACUUUGGGCUUUGGUAUUGUAAGGUAGCCAUGGUUGGAUUCUACCACCCAAUACGAAACAUACGUAAUUGAAAUUAAUAAGAAAAGUAAUAUUUUUGUGGUUACAUUAUGAAACGUUGACGAAAAUAUAAAACUAUUCAAAUCCUUA